AAGGAACCAUUUGACAGCAUUAGGGAAACCAGUGGUUAUACCGACAAUAAUGAGAGCAUAUCGUCGACGUGUUCGUCGGCAUCGGCGCCGACAUCGCAAGAGGGGAGUCGACAACAACAUCAACGACGGAAAAUGAGACCAAUGGAAGACGCGAACGACUCCGUCAUUUUGGACGAAGAGGAGCACCCGUUGCUGUCGGCUAACAUCUGCGCCGAGACUGGAGACAAACAGGCCAUCUCUUUCCUCACCGCUCUUAAGAUUCCGGGAGUGAUUGAGUUCUCGUUGUGUCUAUUCUUCGCCAAACUGGUCAGUUAUACGUUCCUCUAUUGGUUACCCAAAUAUAUUGGCCAAUCAACUGAUUCGUCGUCGUCGGACUCGGCAUACCUGUCCACUCCAUUUGAUUUGGGAGGUAUUGUUGGCGCUGUUAUGGCCGGCUAUUUGGUCGAUAAGACGGGUGCGAGUGCUCUCAUCUGCACUGUUAUGCUUGUAUUCGCUGUUCCAUCGUUAUUUAUGUAUCAAUUAUACGGUAGUCUUUCGGAAGCAUCCAAUAUUGUGCUACAAUUAAUUGCCGGCGCUUUCGUGAACGGGCCCUACGCUCUCAUUACGACCGCAGUGUCCGCAGAGUUGGGUACAAAAGUGCCAAACAGUCACGCGUUGGCAACUGUCACAGCCAUUAUUGACGGCACCGGAUCUAUUGGUGCUGCAAUUGGGCCCCUAUUGGCUGGUCGUGUGUCUGAAACGGGUUGGAAUAAUGUGUUUUAUAUGGUUAUGAUCGCCGACGCGUUGGCCCUCUUGUCACUCAUGAGGAUAUCAGUGCAGGAAUGGCGGCGUAUUGUCGAUCGCAGAAGAAUAUCCCUCGACAACAGGGAAUGUGUUUUAUAGCAGUCAUAAAAGUGGUUAUUAUUAAGUAUUACUUAAGUAAUAGAUUUGUAUAUAGAAUAUAGUUAUUAUGAGAAU